AUGUUUGCAAAUCAACAUUUACAGCAAAGAAAUGGUUUGGGGCUUUUAUUAGAUAGCCCUGACGAUUUAAUUGAUAUUUAUCUUUCUUCAGAUUUCGGGCCCAAUGAAUUUGUGACUGCCCCUGUACCUUCUUCCUGCUUUGGAGAAGUUGGUGGUGGGCAGAGACUGGAAGCGGGCGGUCCUGUUCGAGAUGAGGAAGAAGAGGAAGUGAGGAGGAGGCUUUUGGAACCUCCAAACACUUCUAGUUUGGUUCCGAGUACUUCAAAUGCUUCAAUGCAAAAGCUUCUUCGUGUGCCGGUUGUGAAAGAGGAGCCUUUCAAGGAUGAACCGCUGGAACAAGAUAAUGUCAACGUUUCUCAAGUUUUUGGCUCUUCCUCCUCCCGUGCUUCAAGCGUUGCCAGUAGCGUUUUUACUUCAGUACUUUCAGCAUCACAUUCCGGAACUCCACGAAAAUAUAGGAUUAAAUCAGAUAAAGAAAAGUCUAAUCCAAUGUAUAGACUUAAACGUUUAAAGAAUAAUGAUGCUGUGCGUCGCAGUAGAGACAAGGCAAGACAACAACAAAUGGCAAAAGAACACAGGCUUCUAUUUCUGGAACAUGAGAAUAUUCUUUUUCCUCAACAAAGUGAGCUAGGUAGUUUUGCGAGGAUUUUGUUGGCCGUUGGUUCCGUUGAAAAAUUCUUUUGGGUUGAUUUUUGGUUGAUUAGUUUUUUUCUGGCAAGAGUUUUUGUAGACAGAAAAACCCAGAAAAUUUCUUCCCGCCUUUUUCAUUAUGAUAUAAGUAGAGUUAGUUUUCAGAAGACCAUUAAACCUGAAUUUCUCCUUCUAACGCGUGAACAGGCAGUUUUGAUACAAGAAUUGAAAGGCCAGAAUGCCGAGCUUAAGGACGAAUUUCAAAAAAUUAGACAAAAUUGUAGAUGUGGGGCUAUAAAUUUAAGUGAACAACAAAGGCAUUAA